AUGAGCGCCACAACGGCAAACAAUAACCGGGCUUUUGACCUCCAUCCUUUCUCCACGAAUCCUUUCAAGUCACGCAAUGAUGUCGUCGACGCUGUAGCAUCUCUUCUCGACCCCCUUCUCCCCGGUUUCUCGCCACAAAAUGCUUUGAUCAAGGUAGGCAGCACCGGCACGCGUUUUGACGAGACAGGUGCCCAAGUCGAGGGCUUUGCGCGUCCGCUAUGGGGUCUCGCGCCACUACUAGCUGGAGGCAGCAGGUACGCUGCUACCGACAAGUUUGUCCAAGGCCUGAUUUCCGGGACUGAUCCUGAGAGCCCGGAGUUCUGGGGCUACAUGGAGGAUACCGACCAGCGCAUGGUGGAGGCGUGUCCGAUUGGGUUUACGCUGGCGGUUGCGAAUAAAGAGUUUUGGGAGCCGUUGACGGAGCGGCAGAAGAAGAAUGUCGAGACGUGGUUGGGGAGCAUGAAUGAUAAGAAGAUGCCGGAUACGAACUGGCUUUGGUUCCGCGUCUUCGCCAACCUAGGACUUGAGAGAAAUGGCGCCCAGUGGUCGAAAUCACAGCUGGAAAAGGACAUCAAGCAGUUGAAUACGUACUACCGCGGCGAUGGUUGGUCAAACGAUGGUCCCGAUACAUAUCGUCAGAUGGACUACUACUCGAGCUCCUUUGCCAUUCAGUAUCUACAGCUUCUCUAUUCGAAACUGGCUGCAGACAUCGACCCUGAGCAGGCUGAAGAGUACAAGAAGCGGGCCCGGAUGUUUGCUCUCGACUUUGUACACUUUUUCGAUCCCGAAGGUCGUGCUAUCACCUUUGGUCGCUCACUGACAUACCGCUGGGCCAUGGUAGCCUUCUGGGGCGCCAUUGCGUUCGCUGACCUCGAACUGCCUGAGCCCCUCAGCUGGGGCGUAGUCAAAGGUAUCUGGCUACGAAAUCUACGGUGGUGGACAACCCAACACGACAUUUUCCAAUCCAACGGCAUGCUCACUGUUGGCUACUCGUACCCCAACUACUACCUGGCUGAGAAUUACAAUUCACCUCAAUCACCUUAUUGGUGCAUGCUCGCCUUUGCCUGUCUGGCCAUGCCAGAAUCUCACCCGUUUUGGAGUGCAAAGGAGGAGCCACAUCCAUUUGCUAAUACACGUGUGGUGCGUCCUCUUCCACACCCUCGGCAGAUUGUGUGCCGGUCCGGAGGUCACACUUUCCUGCUGUCAAGCGGACAGUCAUGCCACUACGCGAUUAAGAACAGCAACGCGAAGUACGGCAAGUUUGCCUACAGUGCAGCCUUUGCAUACUCGGUGUCGACAGGCUACCAAGAACUGGAGCAAUUCGUGCCAGAGUCACAAAUUGCCUUUUCUGACGAUGGCGGGGAGCUGUGGAAGAUGAGAAGGGCACUGAACGGAGACUCUCAGAUUGAGAACAUAGACGGGGUACCGGUGCUGGUUAGCAGUAUGAAGCCUUGGCCCGAUGUUGAGGUUUCAACGUAUUUGAUCCCACCAGCCGAAGAGACACCAAACUGGCAUUUGAGGGUGCAUCGGGUAACGUCAGGGCGGGAUAUCAAGAGUGCAGAGGGAGCAUGGGCUGUCUAUGGUGCGAGAGAGUCUGAUGGUCGUCUCUUGACUGAAUGGAACGGCACGCUUCGCACACUUGAUGCUUCGAUACCAGAGGGUGGUGCUUCAGAUGCCACAUCUGCGUUUGCAGCCUCGCCUCGUACGGGCGCGGUAGGCAUCGUAGAUCUUCACCAGCAGGACAGACAUGGCAGUGUCAUUUUGUCAGACGCCAACUCCAAUCUUGUCGAGAGCAGGACUGUGCUGCCGAUUGUGCAAAAGGAUAUCAAAAAGGACGAGACGGUGUGGUUUGUCACCGCUGUAUUUGCGAUGCCAGCAAGCAAGGAAGGAUGGAGGGAGAGCUGGAAGGCAGGCUGGGAGAAGCGGCCAGCGGUGCCUGAGUGGGUGAAGAGCAAGGUUGGGGGUCAGUAG